UUUACGGUAGCUCAUAUCUAGCGUGACUGAGCAUGAGAGAACGUUAGUAGGUUUUAAGAUGCGUAACCAUCAGUAGAUCACUACCCUGCUUCCCGACCGUCUACUCUGGCUAAUACUUUAGGGUUUAUUUUUCUGAAUCUGCUGCAUGCAUUCAGGAUCAAAAAUGGCAACGCCUCCUUUGCCGGUAGCUCCUCCCUCUGUGCUCCGCUCACGUGGAUGUGCUGGUCUGGGAAAGGCCCGCCCUCUCCUGUGACUUUCCUGGGAUUGGCUGUAGCGCGACCCCUGUGUGACGCCUCUCCCGCUUGGGCAGGAUUAGAUGGAAUUCCGCAUGAUCAGCGGAGAAAUGAAAAUGUCAGUCAGCGUAUGGGCGGACUCCUCAGGUGGGUUUCCUCCACCGGAGUUGGGGGACUCGCGAGCAAACUGUAAAAGUUGCAGGUACAGUGGAUCAUUGUUUCAUCUUUAAACGCCGUGGUGCUGCUUCGUGGACACGGCGGCGUGACUCGGAUCUGGAGAUGACACCGCCUAAGGAAUCUCGGGGACCGGGCAGCUAUCUUGUAAUCCGGGGCAAUGCUAAACUGAAAAGUUUAUAAUCUCUUAGCCUUGCGCUUUCAAGGAAGGAGGAUUUAAAAAGGCUUUUAAUCUGUUCCUUUCCAGGGUCCAUUAUGCCGAAGGAGCAGCUCUGUUUGGGAGAGCGAGUGCCCCGCGGAGCCAGCAAAAAUGCCAAGGACAAAAGCAACAGCGCCGCCCUGCUGGCAUCCCGAGGGAGAGCAGGCGUGAAUGAGGACUCUGGCAGGCAGGGCUCAUGCUGCAGUUCAGAGAAGGACUCUGGCUAUUCUGACACUGGCUCAGACUCGCUGCAGACGGAUGUGGAGGACCAGCGUGGUGGGACACGGAAGCAGUGGUGCGGUGCCGUCCGGGGUGUGGCUCUUCACAGCACCGGGAAGCCCAUCUCAGCUGCUGCUGACUUCCGGGAACUGCCCCCCAUCUACAUCCUCAAAAAUGUGGUUCUUAAACAGCCCCUCCCGGUGCCGCCUAGCCCUGAUCAGCUGCUGCAUCCCCAGCUUGCCUGGGGGGGUGCAGGGCUUAGUGGCCAGGCCCCAACACAGCUCCUGCUCAUCCCGCAGCCGGGAGUCACUGCCUCUUCCCCCGCCCCCAUGCAGCUGCUCAAGACGCAGCCGUCUAAAGGAGCUGGUGGUGGCAAGAUUAACAAGGGCUCUUACCUCCCUAUAUUGAACUCCUACCCUCGCAUUGCCCCCCAUCCGAACAAGAAAAUCCCAGAGCAGAACAAGGGGGGCAGUAAAGGCAGCACUGAGGGUCAUAGUCUGAGCAAGCGGGUGCGUGUGGAGGACCGGAGGGAGCUCGUGUCCAUGCCCCCACAGAACCUCAGGCAGCACAAUCACCCUCAGCAUGAGAGCAAGCCCCUUCCUACCCCCCACCUCCACACACGUGCCCCGGGCAGCAGUGGUGCCACAGUCCAUGCCCAGCAGUGCGUGCCCUCUCCCCACCACAGUCACCCACCACCCUGCAGUCCAGCCCCCCCCUCGCCCAUCUCCCUGGAAGUCUCCGCCCCCCAGCCACCCCCCAGGCUGACCUGUAAGCACAAUCCGGGCCGGCACCGCCGUUUCCUCAACACCGUGGAGAUCCUGAGCCAGUCAGGGCUGCUGGACAUCACCAUGCGCACGCAGGAGCUGCUGCGGCAGAGCGCGUCCAGCGAGCGCGACAUCGCCCAGCUCCGGCAUCACACCCAGCUGCUGUGCCAGGCCGCGCAUGAGGGGCCCAGCACCUGCGGCGCCUGGGAGAAGCUCUGCCGGGCCAUGGUGGAGUCCGGCUGGUAUCCAGCCCUCGGUGGCUGCGACCCGAGCCUCUUCUGCGAUGCCCUCGGCCAGCUUUCCCCUGCCGGGAAGGUGGAUGCGAGCAGGAGGAGCGACACCGGUGGCGCCGUCGGCAGAAGCAGCCUCGGCGAGGAAGCAUACCCGCCCUCCCCUCUCCUGGCUCCCUCUCCCGACUCGGCACAGCACAGUCCCCCCCCUCCUCCACCUCAGCAAAUGACAAACAAGGGUGGCGCUAGAUCUCCUCCGGGUGCCACUGUGCCCCCUGACAGCUCCACCCACGGUUGGCUGCCCUAGUCGCGAUUUGGCUUCCUCCAAGUGAAUCGGCUAGAUCUAGAUCUUGCAGCUUCUGACGCAUGUGCCACCCUAACUGUUCCUCUCCUUCGCUUUCAGUCAUGAGUCUUUCCUUUGUUUAGUGAUCAUAGGUUUGGCUGUGUUUUGUUUUUUUGUAGCAGUUGCACAAGGACAUUGGUUUUUAUUGGUAGUCUUUUAAAAAUUUCGCAGAGCAGCAGUUUCCAUUGGUCCCCGUCGAGGUGCCUCGGGAAGAAGAGCAUUUGUGAGUGGUGAUGAUUGGUGGAGGAUUUGCCGUCCUCCUGUCAAACUCUCGUGGACUCUUGGUGCUCCCACUCUCUCCACGUGUGGGGGUCUCCCUCCCAGCUUCCCAGGGGGAGUGAGCGGCGUCACCACUGUCUCUGUCAAUGUCCCAUUUCCUGAUAAUGGCUGCAGAUGUGGUCAUGAUCAUAGAACAAAGCAACCAGGAAUGGUGUACAUGUACCCAGUCUAGGAGCAGGACUGAGAUGAUGUGAAAAUAUGCACAAGCAGAAGAUGCAGUUUCCACUCAUUCAUUUGAAUUACCCAAAAUUUGCAGCUGGUGACAAUGGAGCAGAUCAGAUGUGGUAUUUGUAGCUAGUAAUUUUCACAUGAACAUAAAAGGACUCAUUGUCUUUUUCGAUAGCUCACUGUGUGUGUUGUCAGUACACACACUUUCUGCACCCCUUUUUAAAAUGGGCUCCACCCCCCCCAGUAAGGAUCUCCUGACUAGUGGACAGAUUUCCUCUGCCUUGUUUGCCUCCUGACGGGCCACGCUCAGGAGCGGGGGGGGGUCAUGGUCGUGCGGGGAGGAUCCCGAAGGUCAUUCCGACACAAGCUUUUACACAUCUGGCAGCUGGCCUUUCCCUCAAAUAUUAAAAACACAUUGGCUUUAUUUUAGCUAUUGCGGAAUAUGGAUUUCAUUAAUGUAUAUGACCACUGAUGCUUGUAUUCCUUGGUAGCCAACUUUGUUGUCAUGGUUAUAAUAGAGUGAGCUGUGCUAUUAUUAUCUAGAUGCAGUUAUGUUUAUCUCAGAUCUCCAUUAAUGUAUCAUCCUGAAAUGGAAUUACUUGCCCUUUGAUAUUAGACGCUACACAGAGAUUUUGUUCAGUAUGAAUAGCUGGGCAAAGUGUGUACUUCUGUGUUAUUCCUUUAAUAAAGGCAAUAUUUCAAAACAUA